GACAAAGUAUUUUUUUUUGUAAUAAAAGUUGGUACGUGGAAUCCACGGGACCACAAGCCGCUUGGGACGGCAGCUUCAGAUAGUUCUUGGCGUCGUGAAAAGAGUCACCAUUUUCCAGAGCUCUCUGUUUAGCUGUGUCCAGAAACACCUUCUUCAUUUCUGUGCUUUAAUUUCCCCUCAAUUUCCUUCAAGAAAGGGCGUAAUAACUGUACUUAUUCGAAUACCCAGGUCAUUGGAGCGCGAGAGAACGGGAAUGGGUCAGGCAUUUCGUCGAGCAGCUGGAAGAAUUGGAAGCUCCAGAACCGAAGCGUCGUCGUCACAGCUGAAGAACCCAAUUGGAGCACCUCCGCCGCCUCACCCGGAAAAUAUUUCCGUAAAAAAUGUCGGCCCAGGAGCUGAGAGCACUGCAAAAGUUAAUCCCAAGAAUAUUCUUGAAGAACGAGAUCCACAGUUCGAUGGGAUGCUUAGUCAAAUGGUUGGUAGAAUUCGUGCUAAGCCUGGAGGGAAACCCGAAAUGGGUGAGGCUUCAAUUGUGGGAAAGUAUGAGAGGCCACUACCAAAACUAAGGAACACAACAACAGAGUCGAGCAGGUACGAGGGAAGGCCAGCGCCUCCUGGGACAUUGAAUGUUGCGCAGUUGCGACAGAUCAUAAUGUUGUAUCAUGGAAAGGGGGUUGACCAUAAUAGUCAAGGUCCCAUGGAUGUCAACCAACUUGCCCAUAAGUUCCAAAUCGAUGUCUCCCAAGUCCAAAGGAUUGUCCAGUUUGUAUCUCUGCCCACAGAGGACAACACCACAGAGCACAAGAAGAAGUUCUGAUUCGCGGUUACCUUUGCACCCAAACAUGAGGCGAGUGCAACAUAUGUCUGGGGCUCAAGAUGUACACUUCCCUGCUCUGUAAAAAAAAAGGUGAGCUUUUCGCCAGACUCUUGUUGUUUUGGUAAUUUUUUACUGUCAAAAACUUCGUAAAAAGUGAGAAACAAGAGAAGUUUAAUGUGCUGAUUUAGUGCAUUAUUUACCAGAAGUUAACUUGAGCAUUAGCUAUUGGGGAGGUAGCCAGCUUGUGGGAUAUGU